AAUGGGAUGUUUUGGAAAAAAGAAAAAAAAUGAAUACAAGCUAAGCAAAUCGGUGAAGCAAGAGAGAAACGGAAGUCAAAAAGUAGAGUUUGCUUAUAAAGCUCAAACAACUCGAGAAGAAAAGAGUGAAGGAUUUUCCGACCUUUCUAUUGGAAAGAAAGUGGAAGAUACACCAGAAAAGAAUUCAAUGGAUGGUGAUGAUGGACUUGAUAAUACGGAUCGUCAACAUUCAGUUGAAACUGGGGUUGUACCAUUAAAUAACUAA